AGCAUUUACCAAGCAUUUUUAUGUGAUCUUGCAGAAGUGAUUGCAUGAGCUCCAACUUCACCACUGAGGUGAAAUAAAUCUUCAGUCGAUGAGGAUAUUGCUUGCCGUCAAACAAGCGUGCUGCACAGUGUGUGACAUAAAAUUUACUGUGCUGCCUGCCUGCAUAGGCAUUCUACCAGGUUCGUUGGGAGACUAACACCCCUUUCAUCAUCACACUGUGCGUCUCCUUCUUGGCGCUCUAAACUGAUCAGUGGAAGUGCUCCCGAGCCGCAGCAGCCCAACUGUGACAUCCUUUCACUAUUCAGAGGGUGCUCAGGCUGGCUGGCUGCUGCACAGGCACCAUGGAACAAAAAUCACCCAAGGAUGAAGGCACCGCCAAGGGACAGGAGUCUCUGUCCUACCAGCGAAGGAUGUGGAAGAAUUUCCAAGAGAAAACCAAGCCUUGGCUGAGUCCUAAACUGGGAUCGGAGCGUCGGGGUGCCGGGGGCGCGGAGGGCAGCAAAAAGGAAUCGGGGUUAUGGAUGUUUAAGAGAAAAAAGAAACAGUUGGACCGGGUGUUUUCGUCGUCACAGCCGAAUCUGUGCUCGACCCCGGCGCCUUUUGAAGGAGAGAAGCCCCUUGGAAGCGACGCGGUCCCCGGCACCAGCAGCGACGGGCAGCCUCUGCUACAACCCCUUGGCGCAGCUUCUGGAGCCACGGGGAGCAAACCCGAGCUGACGGCGCACGGAAGCCCAAAACUCGCCGUAUCCCAACUGAUCACGUACCAGCAGAAGAGCUCCUCUCUCGGCUCGGCGUGCUUCGAGAAACUGGUGGUGGAACCGGCCGCGGUAAAUGUGAGAGAAGAGGAGGAGCAGCUGCGUAAAAACGCAAGUGAUUCUGGCAUCAACAUAGUGGGGCCCAGUAAUGCAGAGCCCCCGCCUCAACCUCCCAGUCCAGCCAUGUACCAGCUGGAUAUCGUCCUAAAGAAAGGGAACAACCUGGCCAUCCGAGAUAGGACAGGGACCAGUGACCCAUAUGUGAAGUUUAAGAUCGCAGGGAAGGAGGUGUUCAGGAGUAAGACCAUCCAUAAGAAUCUCAACCCAGUGUGGGAUGAGAGAGUAAGCCUGCUGGUGGAAACCCUAAGGGACCCACUAUAUGUCAAGGUUUUUGAUUAUGACUUUGGACUUCAGGAUGAUUUCAUGGGCUCAGCAUACCUCCACCUGGAGUCACUGGAACAUCAGAGGACACUGGAUGUGACACUGGACCUGAAGGACCCACAGUACCCUGAACAUAACCUAGGCAGCCUGGAUCUAGCUGCCACUCUGUCACCCAAAGAGGGAGAAAUGAGGGAUGCUACCAUGCUUUUGAGAAGGAACUGGAAACGAUCUAGUAAGUAUCAGAGUAUGCGUCUGUCAGAUGUGCACAGAAAAGCCCAGCUGUGGCGAGGUAUAGUGAGCAUCAGUCUGAUAGAAGGUCGGAGCCUCCAGCCCAUGGAUAACAACGGCCUCAGUGACCCUUACGUCAAAUUCAAGCUGGGCCACCAGAAGUACAAGAGCAAGACAAUUCCUAAAACGCUGAACCCACAGUGGAGAGAGCAAUUUGACUUCCACCUGUAUGAUGAGCAGGGAGGCUUCGUGGACAUUACAGUCUGGGACAGAGAUGCUGGCAAGAAGGAUGACUUCAUGGGAAGGUGUUCCAUUGACCUAUCACUUCUCAGUAAAGAACACACACACAAGCUGGACUUGCCACUGGAGGAAGGUGAAGGUGUGCUGGUGCUGCUGGUUACACUCACUGCUUCAGCUGCUGUUUCCAUCUCAGACCUGUCAAUCAAUAUGCUGGAUGACCCACAUGAGAGACAUCAGAUCAUGCAGCGAUAUAGCAUGUGGAGGUCCUUCCAUAACCUGAAAGAUGUCGGUGUGGUGCAGGUGAAGGUCAUCAGGGCUGAGGGACUGAUGGCAGCAGAUGUCACAGGUAAGAGUGACCCAUACUGUGUGGUGGAGCUGAGUAAUGAUCGGCUGCAGACGCACACUGUCUACAAAAACCUCAACCCAGAGUGGAACAAGGUCUUCACUUUUAACGUGAAGGACAUCCACUCAGUACUCGAGGUCACUGUUUAUGAUGAGGACCGAGACAGAAGUGCAGACUUCCUGGGGAAAGUGGCGAUUCCUUUACUAAAUAUCCAAAAUGGAGAACGCAAAGCCUACGCCUUGAAAAGCAAGGAGCUGACAGGGCCAACAAAAGGGGUCAUCUUUCUCGAAAUAGACGUGAUUUUUAAUGCUGUGAAGGCUGGUCUCAGGACAUUGAUUCCCAUUGAGCAGAAGUAUAUCGAGGAGGAGCCCAAAGUAUCCAAACAGCUGCUGUUACGCAACUUCAACAGAGUUAGGCGCUGCAUCAUGUUCCUGAUCAACACAGGCUGCUACAUCAACAGCUGCUUCGAAUGGGACUCUCCACAGAGGAGCAUCUGUGCUUUCGUGUUUUUUGUCAUCGUCGUUUGGAACUUUGAACUUUAUAUGAUUCCUCUGGCUUUGCUGCUGCCGCUGGCCUGGAACUACAUCCUCAUCGCAUCGGGGAAGGAUACCAGGCAAGAUGUGCAAGCAAUGGAGGACCUGCUGGAGGACGAGGAUGAGGAUUUUGACAAAGAUGACAAGGACCCUAAACCAGGCCCCUGGGAGGACAGAAGUGAUAAAAACCAUAUCCUCGAGGAUAUGUUGGCUUCCUGGCACUUUGAGUGGAUACGAGCGAUGGUGGACUCGGAGAGAAAGGGCUUCAUGAACAAGCUUUAUGCCAUUCAGGACGUGUGCAUCAGCGUGCAGAAUGCACUGGAUGAAGUGGCCUCCUAUGGCGAGAGGAUAAAGAACACAUUUAACUGGACUGUGCCUUUCUUAAGCUGGCUGGCCAUUGUGGCUCUUGGAGUGGCCACCACCAUCAUAUACUUCAUCCCUCUAAGAUACAUUGUGCUAGCCUGGGGGGUGAAUAAAUUCACCAAGAAGCUGCGAGACCCUUACACCAUUGAUAACAACGAGCUGCUAGACUUUCUGUCCAGAGUGCCCUCAGAUGUACAAGUGGUGCAGUACCGAGAGCUGAAACUGGAUCCCAAUCCCAGUCCAAAUAAAAGGAAGAAAAACAACCCCGGGUAGAUGACUGUGUCCACCCACCAACUCCUCUCUUCUCUACUUUUCUUCUCGUGGUCUAUUACUGGCCACUGAGGAGCAGAGGAAGGCGGCUCUGGACCCACUCGGCUCAAUUAUCCUUUUUCCUUUUUUUCUUUCCUAUUUUCUUCUCUUAAACAUUCUUCUGUCUUUAAUUACUCACGAUGUACAGUGCAGUUUCCUGAAGUGUAAUUUUUGUAUGAAAAAAGACAAGUACAAGUAAUCUCUUGAAUUAUUCUCAUCACCCUUAUGCUUUUGAUUGAUUUUAAAGGCGAUUGGGAAGGAUGGAUGAAAUGACCUUUUUCUCAGCCGUGUGAGCCACUGUCCUCCUUUCUUCUCUCCAUCACUCUGACAGCUCAGAGGACUCUGACCAUUUGCUUGCCACAAGUGUCAAACAAUGAGUAAAACGAGUUUUAACAUUUAAACUCACCAUCCCAAAAAGACAUUGUCAGUUUGUCCAUGUUUAUCAAAAUACAAGCCUUAUACUAACAUUCUGCAUUAUUGCUCUUCAAUAGACUAUUAAGGGGUUUUUUUAGCUCGUAUUGUAGUUAUUAAAUGAUUUUGGUAAUAUGUUUAUAUUUUGUAAUUGUUUUUGUACUGAAGUAUCUUUUGUUUUCUUCCCCUUUUGGAUGUGGUAAUGAUGUUAUGUUCACUGGCAGUCAUUUGGAUUGUCUCCACUUAACUCAGCCAGCCAAGUUGAUUAGCAAUUAUGGUAGUAGCCUCCAGAUAUGUCCUUCCACACAAACCCAAAAUUGGACCAACAGGCUGAAAGCUUGUGGUGGUAUCUGUCUGUGCUUUUACACAAUGGACAAAUUAGCUUUUUUUAAAGACUUGACUCAAACAAAGUGGUUUUAGUUUAAAGUACAGUGAGUCUGUUCUUAAAAUAGAUUGUGAUUACAUAAUCAUCAUUAAAUAAUACCCAGAGGAAAAAAGAGCAACACUGUUGAGUAUUAGACAGUUGGCAUUAUGCCCCAAACCUUUAUCACUUACUAAGUGUCCAUAUAGUUCAGCUGUAGCCUCGUUUAACCCCUUAAAAACAUGUCCAAAUCCCCAGUCAGUCAAUCAGUGAGACACCUUCUCCGGCUGUCAGGAGGCGCAGCAGACUGGGCCUUCUGCUGUCGUGGUGUUAAUAUAGAUGUCACCCAGUCUAUGCAGAGUGUCGCCAGGCAGGCAGGCCUUUAGGCAGCCACAGGCCUAAUCUUGUUUGAAAGGCUGGUCUCCUUUCCUCUCAUGUCCCCGUGUGUUUGCCUCGGCGGCCACACACAAGAGCAUUCACACACACAAGCAUGCAUGCAUGCAUGUAGACACAAACCCCCUACCCCACCCCACCCCACCCCACCCCACCCCACCCCAUUCUCUCAUGUGAAUACGCUGCUUUUUUAAGAGAUCUCACAUACACAUACUGUACCUUCUUGCUUACAGAUGAAAGCAUAACAUCCCAUUUGAACAGGCACAUUCUCUCCCUCUCAGGCACACACACUCGCACAAACAUGCUCUCUGUGAUGCUGUGCCCCAGGCUGGCCGCCCUCUCCAUCUGCCCCACCUCCUGUGCCCACAGCUCAACUUUGAUCUGUCUUUCCAGAGACAGAGGCUUGUGUAUGUGAACUGUGUAUGUAAGAGUGUUUGCGUAUACACGUUUAUGCAAUCAAAGACAUGUUGCUUUUCUCAGCGUUGGUGUGUGUUACAAUUGUAUCUCCCCUCCAGCUGUAGACUGAUGCGUAGAUUGAGUCGGUGUGUGUGUGUGUGUGUGUGUGUGUGUCAGCAUGUAAAAGCAUGUGUGUGUGCUGCAGCAGAAGUGCCAGCUGUUAUUUGGUGUGGAGUUUGCUGGUGUAGAAGGCCGUCAGCUAGAUGAGCAGCAAGUCGCUGUGUGACAAGACAAGGCUCUGAGGGGACUUAGGCCUGAGAUGUCAGGGAUGGAGGGAUGUGUGUAUGUGUGUUUUAUGCUAUUUCAGACCCUCUCUUCCCAUCGUGCUUCUCUCCGUUUGCUCUCUCUGCGGUUCCCUCAUUCGUCAGUGAGCGGGGUUGCGACCCUGUCUGAAGGGAUGGUCUCCUGGGCUUCUUGCUGAGCAUCUGUUGAAAGAUCACAGCUCAGGCUACAUUUGAGGAGGCCUCCUCUCAUCCUACUGAUCCCUGCCUCCACCACCACCACCCCCCCUCCAUCUUUCCCCUUUGUCUGUCUGUUCGUCUGUCUCUCUGUCUCUUUAUCACUCUAAACCCCCUCUCUACCGCAACUGGAGCUCUCUUCAGCCAUUUUGUCAUCCUCUCGCCCUGCCUGUCUGCCAGCCAUCGCCUCUACCCUCUCCCUCCCUCUUUACCCAUCCAUCUCCAUGCUUAAAUAUCAACAGGCUCGGAUCUGUCACUCCAGAGGGCCAUUGAUUUUGUUUUGUUGCUUUGAGGAAUCCACUUGAAAGACAAUAACAGACUGUCCCCCAAGAGCAGCGUCGCAGACUGAUUAUAGCCUCCUCAACAAACACUGUGGCUCGUGAAGGAUGGCUUUUUAUAAUGCCUGAAGGGACUGUUUGAAUACCUGAUAUGUAUGCGUCUACUACUGUAUGUAGUUAUUUUACAGAAAUUUGUGGUGACUAUUGUGUGGUAUUGCAUCCAAAAACAGUUUCUUAUUUUUUGUCAUUGGGUUUAGGCUCCGUUUGCAAGCAAACCAAAGUGUUUUUAUUUUGUAUGAUGUAGAGAAAAUAAAUUCUAUAGAGGAAUGUAUCAGACUGACAGCUGUAAAGGGAAAAAAAAAAGCACUUUUAUUUGCACCAAGUUGAAAUGAGACUAUUUAUUUUUUAAAUGAUACUGUAAAUAGCUUACUUCUUAUUAAUUUAUGUUAUAUUUUAUACAGUAUGCCUGUUGAUGGUCUGGUGAUGAUAUUGUAAUGUAGGUGUAUGCCUGUCUCAUUUUCUAAGAUCUGUCUUUUUCCGCCUGCGAUGUUGCCUGCCAGUGACAUCAUCUUCAUGUGCCCAGUUCUGACCAAUGACAUUUCAGGACAGGAAUAGGGAGCUGAGACAUGGGUUUGGUCAGGAGGGGUGAAAUAGAAUAUGAUGUAUAUUUCUGGUUUGAGAAAUCAAAUGCAUCUGAUGUAUGUUGCUUAUUUUGAAAAAAAGGAAAAACACGAGAUUAAAUAUUUUUUAUCAUCUUGA